AUACAGAAGAAAAGAAGGUGAAGAAACAAGAAAAGAUUGAUGGAGAAGAAGAAGAGAUAGAGGAUACAGGAGAAAAGCAGGUAGAAGAAGAACAGAUGGAGGGUAUAGGAGAAAAGGAGGUGAUGAAACAAGAACAAAAGGUUGAUGGAGAAGAAGAAGAGAUGGAGGAUACAGGAGAAAAAGAGGAUGAAGAAGAAGCAGAAGAAGAAGAAGACAUGGCGGCCUUGGUAGACAGAGAAGGAAGUGCAGAAGAAGAAGAUUGGAAAGAGGAACCAAACGACGAACCAGCAAACCAGCUCGACCAAUCAGAUUCACCUCCAUCACCUCCAUCACCUCCAGGAGCCUCUGGAUGUGCUGAAACGCUGAGUCAUGCUGUUGCAGAAACAGGAAAUGAAGCUCGCCGAUUCCUCGCAGAAGAAGAGAGAGGCUCAGGCGCUGCCAAGAACCACAGCGGGGACGUUUAUCCCACAUCACCGAGCAGCGACAAAGAGACGGAGGGAGCUGCAGCACAAACUCCGACAGACACAAAGUCUGUCGGCGCUGAGAUACAGAGUUCGGAGGAACAGGAGCGACUUGAAACAACGCCGAUGACAUCAUUUCCUGCACCAGGACAUCGAGGUGAAACUGCCGCUGACGUCCAGGAUAUUACACCUGAACUACAGACAGGCUGCAGGUUGGAGGAGGAGGUGUCGUCGAUGGAUGCAGCUGCUGAGUCGUCGUUAAGGGCCGAAGGAGGAAGCAAAGAGCUCAGUCUGACCCCAAACUCGUCCGUGAUGGAAGUGAAGGAGGACAAAGAGGAAGGAGGUCAAAACUCUCACAACAUGAACGGCGAGGCGGGCGAGGCGGUCGAGGUGGACGCAGCGGACGACAAGAAGAACAGCAGCCACCAAUCAUCAAAGUACAAAACCGUGUCCUUCAAGAGGAUCCGGAGAGGAAACACCCGACAGAGGAUUGAUGAGUUUGAGGCCAUGAUGGACUUUUGA